CACUAAUGAAUGGGUUUAUGUUGCCAAGAGGAUUAAGAUUUCGCUAAUGCUUCAACGAUGAGGUGAGGAUUGCUACACCUGAAGAUAUCAGAGAAUGGGAGCUCGAGACUGCGAGCCAGGUAUCCAUACCUACCAGCGUCCGAUUAUUUGUGGCACUUUACCCAUACAACCCUGCUGCCAUGUCGCCCAACCAUGAGACGGCUGCUGAGGAGCUGCCGUUUGUACCAGGCCAGAUCAUCAAGGUCAGUGGAGACAAAGACGCUGAUGGUUUCUAUCACGGGGAGUCUGGUGGUCUCUCUGGCUACGUGCCAAGCAACAUGGUGGCUGAAAUCCCCGUCGACGACAACUAUCUGAAGCAUAUACUCAUGCAGCAGGGCUUCCUGCCUGUCGACCACACAGGUAUGUCAAUAACACCAGCACUGAGUGAUGCUAGCAGUGUCCCUGAUGAUGUGAUCGUUCGACGAAUGGUGGCCUUGUUCGACUACGAUCCCUGGGAAAGUUCACCCAAUCCGGACAGUGAAAUUGAGCUCGGCUUCCGUUCAGGAGACAUCAUCUACGUGCUGGGUGAGAUGGACCAGGAUGGAUUUUAUUUUGGUGAUCUGCACGGGCGACGGGGUUUGGUUCCCUCAAACUACCUGCAGCCGCUACCCUGGGAUUAGAAGGCGAUGCCACACAGUGAUGUUUACCACAAAUGCCAAUCUCAGACACAGUGAGAGAUCAG